UUGUUUGACGUCGUGACGUCACCGGAAUUGAAAAACGUAUACAACAAAGAUGGCGUCUCCCGGCGAGGCAGUGGUGAAGGAGUCACACGUGGAGAAAAAGAAGAAGCCUCCAGCUCGUUACUGGCAGGAGUCACAGGAGGAGGUGAAAGAUGAAAACAAAGUGGAUAAAGGUAAAAACAGGGCUGGGGAGGCUGCGCAACAGAAGAAGACACAGAAAGCAAAGAAAAGAAAGCAAGAAGAGCAUCAGAGAGAUGGAAAGAAAUUCAUAUCAGGGAAAUCAGACCCUUUCCCUGGGCCUGCUCCAGUACCACAAGACAGGAUGCAGAAGUUCAAGAGGAAAGAUAAAAUGAAAAAGUCUCGCGGCCAGACUUACAAGCUGAAAGACAUCAUUUCCCGCACAGAGGAAGCUUCAGAAAUGUCCCAAAAACAAGCUGCUCGGGUUGACCUCUUGCUCCCAGAGGAUGCAGGUUUUCUAGAAGGGGAUGAAGAAGAGGACACGUGUACGAUCUCUCAGCAAGAUAUUGCAGAUGCUGUGGAUAUAACGUCUGCAUCAAAGUAUUUUAAUCUGAAUCUGUCUCAGUUUGGACCAUAUCGAGUGGAUUACACCAAGACUGGACGUCACCUGCUGCUUGGUGGGAGGAGAGGCCAUGUUGCUUGUAUAGACUGGCAGUCCAAACAGCUAAUGUGUGAGAUAAACGUGAUGGAGUCGGUGAACGACGUGAAGUGGCUCCACAGUGAGACCAUGUAUGCAGUGGCUCAGAAGAAGUGGCUGUAUAUCUACGACUCCAACGGAAUAGAGCUUCACUGCAUCCGCAAAUUCAAUGACGUCCUUCGGAUGCAGUUCCUCCCCUACCACUUUUUGCUUGCCACAGUGAGUGCUACAGGUUUCCUGCAGUACCUGGACGUGUCUGUUGGAAAGGAAGUGGCUGCCAUCUGCACCAAGACUGGCCGGCUUGACGUAAUGUGCCAGAACCCUCACAAUGCCAUCAUCCACUUGGGUCACCACAAUGGCACUGUGACCCUCUGGUCGCCCAACCAGAAAGAGGCCCUCGUCAAGAUGCUCUGUCACCAGGGUGGCGUACGCUCUGUCGCUGUAGAUAAGACGGGAACAUACAUGGUGACAUCUGGGAUGGAUAAAAAACUCAAAGUGUAUGAUAUCAGAGCCUUCAAGCCCCUGAAGUCCUACUUCCUGCCCUCGGGAGCUUCUUGCUUGUCAUUGAGCCAGAGGGGUCUGCUGUCUGCAGCCACGGGGGAUAUUGUUCAGGUGUACCGGGACGUGUGGAGCACUCCCGUGACUAAACCCUACAUGGCUCACAGAGUUCGAGGAGCAGUUUGGGGGCUGCACUUCUGUCCCUUUGAAGAUGUGCUCGGAGUGGGGCACGGAGGAGGUUUCACCAGCAUGCUCGUACCAGGUGCGGGAGAGCCUAACUUUGAUGGAUUGGAUGCAAAUCCAUACCGCAGUGUGAAGCAAAGACAGGAGUGGGAGGUUAAAGCCCUGAUGGAGAAGAUCCAGCCAGAGCUCAUUAGCCUCGACCCCACCCAGCUGGGACAGGUUGACCGCGCCACCUUUGAGCAAAGGCACCAAGACAGGGUCCAAGCUCUGGGCUUUGACCCACUCGCUAAAGGAAAGUUUAUUCCCAAGCAUAAGAAAAAAGGUCGUAGUUCUGCUGGCAGUGUUGAAAAGCGCAAGAAGCAAGUGGCUCAUGAGGACCAGAGGGAUGUAAUUAGGAAAACCGUGGAGGACAAAAUGACGAUAGAAAAAGAGAGAAAGGAGAGAAAGAAGACGACAGCAGCGUUAUCUAACCAAAAGUCUGCUCUGGACAGAUUCAAAAAAUAGAAAAUGAGAGGACUCUUUGUGUAGCCCAAACUCCGGUGACGUUCUGUGGGAGAGACCUCUGAACUUCAUAUAAAGGACACAUUUUCUGGGCACAUUUUUCCACUGUGGGAACAAACCAGGAACAGCAGAAAUUCUGGAUGUAGUCGGCGCAUUCAAGUUAAUUCUGACUGGUAACAGUGGUCGAUGUUGAGUGCAGUUCUCUUUAAUGCCUGUAGCCUGAAGCACUUCCUGUCUGCAUGAGUGGAUAAUGCGAGGGUGCCAUGGUUGUCACUCAGAAUUUGUGUUUCUAUUUUCUUUCUCUAUUUUUUUUCUCCUCUACUGAUAAACACUCAUUUUGUACCAUGUCAAAUAGACUUUGCUGAACUGAGUGUAUGACAAAUGUUUUAUAUAAAUAUGUUCUAAAAAUAAACAUAACACCAAGCCUCUGAAUUCA